GGGAGAAGCCUUCCGAGCGGCUACUUAAUGCCGGUCCCCAGGCCGCGGGCACUCCGAGCAGCGCCGUCGGGCGGGGGGGGGGCAUCGAGAGGCGCUGGCGGGGCCCUCGAGCUGGGGGCACCGAGCCGCGGGGGUGGGAGGAACUUCUUCCAGAACCUUCCUCUGGCCCGGGCUGCGCUCUGAGCCAGGCCCCGCACUCGCGUUUGGAGGCGGCGACCUCCGGGUCGCGGGAUGGGAGCGCGCACCCCGGAGGCCGCGUAGCCGGAGCCCCGGGAGCCGGAGGGCCGCGGAGCGCGGCGGGCCACGCCGGCUCGGCCCGUUGGAUGUGGCCCGCCCCCUCGGAGAGUGCCCGCAGACAUGGCGGAGAGCUGGCUGCGCCUCCCGGGAGCGGGGCCGGCGGCGGGGGAGGCCGCGCCUGAGGGCGGCCCCGAGGAGCCCGACGCCCUGGACGACAGCCUCACCAGCCUGCAGUGGCUGCAGGAGUUCUCCAUCCUGAGCGCCAAGGCCCCGGCCCUGCCCCCGCCGGGCCUCGCGGACCCCCACGGCUACCGCCAGGUGCCCGGCUCGGCGGCGCCCGGCUCCCCGCUGGCGGCCGACCCCGCCUGCCUGGGGCAGCCGCACACGCCGGGCAAGCCCACGUCGUCGUCCUGCACGCCGCGCGGCGCGGCCCCGGGGGCGCCGGCCCCGCCCCCCGACGACGUGGACUACGCCACCAACCCGCACGUGAAGCCGCCCUACUCGUACGCCACGCUCAUCUGCAUGGCCAUGCAGGCCAGCAAGGCCACCAAGAUCACGCUCUCGGCCAUCUACAAGUGGAUCACCGACAACUUCUGCUACUUCCGCCACGCCGACCCCACCUGGCAGAACUCCAUCCGCCACAACCUGUCCUUGAACAAGUGCUUCAUCAAAGUGCCUCGCGAGAAGGACGAGCCGGGCAAGGGGGGCUUCUGGCGCAUCGACCCCCAGUACGCCGAGCGGCUGCUGAGCGGGGCCUUCAAGAAGCGGCGGCUGCCCCCGGUGCACAUCCACCCGGCCUUUGCCCGGCCGGCCGCCCCGGAGCCCGGCGCGGGGGCCCCCUGGGCCGCGCCGCUGACGGUGAACACGGAAGCCCAGCAGCUGCUGCGGGAGUUCGAGGAGGCGACGGGGGAGGCGGGCUGGGGCGGCGCGGGCGACGGGAGGCCGGGCCACAAGCGCAAACAGCCCCUGCCCAAGCGCGUGGCCAAGGCGCUGCGGCCCUCCGCCACCCUGCUGCUGACCCAGGAGGAGCAGGGCGAGCUCGAGCCCCUCAAGGGCAACUUUGACUGGGAGGCCAUCUUCGAGGCCGGCACUCUGGGGGCGGAGCUGGGCACCCUGGAGGCCCUGGAGCUGAGCCCCCCGCUGAGCCCCUCCUCCCACGGGGGGGACGUGGACCUCACCGUCCACGGCCACCGCGUCGACUGCCCCGCCACCUGGGGCCCGCCCGUGGAGCAGGCCGCCGACAGCCUGGACUUCGACGAGACCUUCCUGGCCACGUCCUUCCUGCAGCACCCGUGGGACGAGAGCGGGAGUGGCUGCCUGCCCCCCGAGCCCCUCUUCGAGGCGGGGGACGCCACCCUGGCCGCGGACCUGCGGGACUGGGCCGGCGUGGGCGCUUUCUUGUAAGAGGCCAGACCCCACCCCGCCUCCGGACAGUGCCCGCGUCAGGGCCCAGAACUGCCCCCCUACAGGCCCAUGGACACCCCGCCCCCCACCCCACCCCGGGCAGGGGCCCCGGCUGGGUCUCCCGAGGCUGGCUCCACGAGGCCACCCCGCCACCAGCCCAACAUGUCCUCAGAUUCAAGCCCAGGAGGCUGAGAACUGGGGGUGGGGGGGGAGUCCAGGACCAGAAUCGCUGCCUCCCCUCACCGGCACCCCCAAUGUACACACAGUGUUUCUCGCUGAUUUGCAUCUCCCUGC